AUUGUGCGUCCUAAUGCCACAACGUCAUCAGUGUGUGACCGUGCGUCGCUCUGGGAUGAGCAGGAACCGGGGAGAAGGGUGGCGAGAUCCUGCUUGUCAGGGAGAAGGUUACACGAAUGUUUGAAAACUAGAAAUGAUUUUUUAAGAGGCCUUUUAAAUUCAAUCCAUUUAAUGUCAUUUUACCAUGAAAAAGAAGCGAAAGGUUGGUGCAAAACUUCUGCUUCCCGAACUGCAGAGCCAAAAGGAGCCCCCGAAAGAGGUUGUCACUGAGCAGCAUAAUAAAGGGAAUAAUGCCAGAGACAGACUCCCUGUAGUCCCACCGUCAGAUGAAAGGAAACGCUUUCAAUCUCUAACCUAUCAUAAAAACCUGCUGAAAUAUCUGAACGAUGAUCGUCAGCGACAAGCUUCCUUCUGUGACCUUGUUGUUACUGUGGAGGGGAGGGAAUUCAAGGUGCACAAAGUGGUGGUGGCUGUGGGCUGCAGCUACUUCCAUGCCUGUCUGAGUAAAAACCCUCACACAGAUGCUGUGGCUUUAGAUCAUGUGAGCAGUUCUGUGUUUCAGUUGCUGCUGGAUUUUCUCUAUUCCUCAGAGCUUGUAGUGUGGGAACAUGAAAUGAGCCUCGUUCUGGAGGCAGCAAAGUUUCUGGACAUCAUAGAUGCAGUGCAGUUGUUGGAAAGUGAAAUGGUUAAUGUAUCAACCAGUGUCAUAGAAACUCCAGAUGUAGCAAAUGACACCAAUAGUAAAGCGGAAACCAGUCAUAAAUGUCCAUUUUGCCGAAAGACAUUCUGCUAUAAAAAGACCCUGGAAAAUCACAUGGGCAAAGCACAUGCGUUAAGAGACCCUGGAGACAUUUUUGAGGAUUCUGACCCUUCAACCAGAAAAUCAACUAGAAGAAGGAAGUGUCCUGUAAAAUUUGAGAAUGGGGGGGAGUUGGAAAGUGAUGGCGUCUCAAGUAAUGAUUUCUCUAAAAACAGCACGGAGAGAACAGAUUCCGGAGAGUCUAGCAACGAGAUAAAUGAAGAGACAAGUGGAAUAGAGGAUAACGGGCAGGGAGUGGAUGGGGAGGAGGCACUUGAAGGUAAUAAUGAACAAAGUGAAGGCGAACCAGAGGAAACGGAAGAAAGGAAUGAGCUAUCAGGAGCAUUUGACAAUUUCCCAGAAGGACUUAAACCAGUUGUUUUGCAGAAAAAUGGCAAAAAGGUGUUACGGUGUCCUAAGUGUGACAAAGUCUUUGAUCGAGUAGGCAAGUAUGAGAGUCACACGCGUGUGCACACAGGAGAGAAGCCUUUUGAAUGUGACAUAUGUCAUCAGCGAUACUCCACCAAAUCGAACCUAACAGUUCACAGGAAGCGACACAAUAACGAGACUGAAAUUCAUAGGAAAAAAAAGCACAAAUGUCCAUUUUGCAACAAGCCUCAUGCAAGCAGAAAGACUCUGUCUAAGCAUGUAAAAAGGUUUCAUCCAGAGAAUGCUCAAGAGUUUCUUUCCCUUAAGCGAAUCAAAAGCGAUGGAUGGAAAUGUGAUGUGUGCAAUAAAUCAUUUACCCGAAGGCCUCAUUUGGAGGAGCACAUGAUUCUGCACUCUCAGGACAAGCCUUUUAAAUGCACCUACUGUGAAGAGCACUUUAAAUCUCGCUUUACAAGGCUGAAGCAUCAAGAGAAAUUUCACUUAGGUCCCUUCCCAUGUAAUAUAUGUGGUCGCCACUUCAAUGACACAGGGAAUAUGAAGCGCCACAUAGAGUAUACACACGGAGGAAAGAGAAAGUGGACUUGCUUCAUCUGUGGAAAAUCUGUAAGGGAACGAACAACACUCAAAGAACACUUGAGGAUUCACAGUGGGGAAAAGCCUCAUCUUUGCAGUAUCUGUGGGCAGAGUUUUCGCCAUGGCAGCUCAUACAGGCUCCACCUUCGUGUCCAUCAUGAUGACAAGAGAUAUGAAUGUGAUGAGUGUGGAAAGACUUUCAUUCGCCAUGAUCAUCUCACAAAACACAAGAAGAUACAUUCUGGUGAGAAAGCACAUCAGUGUGAGGAAUGUGGAAAAUGUUUUGGACGUCGAGACCACUUGACUGUACAUUAUAAAAGCGUUCAUCUUGGUGAGAAGGUCUGGCAAAAGUACAAAGCCACAUUUCAUCAAUGUGAAGUGUGCAAAAAAGUCUUUAAAGGAAAAUCAAGCCUGGAAAUGCAUUUCCGGACACAUUCUGGGGAAAAGCCAUACAAGUGUCAUAUCUGCAACCAGUCAUUCCGCAUCAAGAAAACACUGACCAAGCAUCUUGUUAUUCAUUCAGAUGCCCGUCCCUUUAACUGCCAGCAUUGUAAUGCUACCUUUAAACGCAAAGACAAACUUAAAUACCACAUUGAUCAUGUUCAUGGUUCCAAGGUAGCUGAAGAAGAGACAGGAGCAGAUGAAGAGCCAAAAAGUUUCCCAGUUACCUCUGAGAACACAAGUGCAGAUAUUUGUGUGCCCCUUACUUUGGUGCCCAUCGAAAUGGCAGAGAGUGAAGGAGACUUGGGGCACCAUACAGGUCCCUCUGCAAUACCAUCAGCAGCAGAAUAUCAGCAACCUUCUGACUUGGCCUUUUUAGAAAAAUACACACUAACACCACAGCCAGCUACCCUUUUGCAUCCAGUGAGGCCAGAUCAAAUCCUGGAGAGCAGAGAACAUUCUUAUCUUGGGACACUGCUUGGGCUGGACCCUCAACCUCCUGUGCAAAAUGUCACAAAUGAACACCAUUGAUUGUGACCUGUACAUUCCACGCAUUUAAAUGUACGUUGCUUUGUUAGAAAGGGCUAAGGAUUGGCACCACCCUUUAGACAGAUGCAUUGCUGCUGUUGGCGAAACUGACAAAUGCGUUAAGGGCAGGUACCACCCUUUAAGUCAACAAAAUACAGUCUGCUAAUUGUCUAUGUUUUUACAAAAUAUCUAGUAUAGGUAAAUCUAAAAACAACUGGACUUGCUGAGUAA